AUGCUUUUUACAGUGAAAGUUGGCAUAUGCGAGUUGAUCGUCUGCAUUUCUUUGUGCGUUAAAGCCGUGUCCGCCGAUCGGACGGCCGUUCGUCAUGCCGACCUUAUCGACGGCAAACCAGUCAGCCACGUGCUGUGCGUCAGCAUCCCAGAAAACAAACAUAACUAUUUGCUGUCGGUGAAAUUCAACCCGGGUUGUCCUGCAAACUAUAACUGCAGUAAGUCAACGUGCUCGCCAGGAUUGAGCAGUGUCAUCUACUUCGAAGCUGUUGGACCUUCAGAUACGCUACAUUACAUAUUCAGCGAUAAUAAUGGGCCGUCUUUGCUGGUUCUCGUUUCUCCCAAAGAAACCAGUAUUCACUUCGAUUGGAACCUAGUGUCUCAGGUAAACGAUGGCGGUAAUUCUACGUCCGCAGUUCCUAAAGUGAUUGUAGAUGGACCUUUAACGUACGAGAUAGGCAUCGUGUUCAACAGAGUGUAUCGUUUGAGCGACGCGAAAGACUACAGCAACGUGUUGGAUCCGUCUCCUUCGAACUGCGUUGAAGAUAUUCCUAUGAAAGAUCUGCGCUGGAAAAAUGUUACCUUUUCUACGGAUUUAACACGAGCGACGGUUACGUGUACUGGUCCUCUUCUGGGAGAUGGCGGGUCUAUUUCGAUAACGAUAAAUCCGUUUACGGCAUCUGGUGUUACCAUGGCGCCUGGUAUAGCUCACACGGAUAGCGCAGCCAUAAUGGACAUCCAGUUCGUGUCGCUCGUCUCUUUCAACCACAGUCACAUUCGUUAUGCCUUGCAGUUGUCAGCUGUUUCGACCGAGCACUACUUUGCGCACGUUGCUAUCGAUACCAGAGUAUACUUCGAUGAUCAAAAUUCACCUGGAAUUUUUUACACCGAUUACCUUGAAUCUGCGUCCGAUGGCAGUGGCUACUUCGCGUGGAAACCGGCGUCGUAUCUGUCUCCAAAUCGCAAUCCGUUAUCAUUGUCUCAGGUUUCAUAUGGCCCCCCUGUUCUUGCAAAGCUGAUUGUCCAAAACUGCUCUAACGUUGUCGAAAAUUACUUUGGAACCGUUCAUCAGCUCCCUUCGUUAUCGUAUACGUUUAACAUCACUUUUGGAGCACAUAAAGACGCCUUUUACAAAGACUAUCUUGUAUGGUAA